AUGGGUAAAGAUUUAGCUGAUGCAUCUAUGGCAAGAUUACCUCGUAAUGUUCGUAACUCUUCUUCAAGAAGAAGAAGAAACUGCCGGAUCCUCGAAAUUCAAGGAUCUGAUGAAAAUGAGGAUGAACAUGCUCAAGAUGGGAACAAAGCUUCAUCUUCGACCGAUGAUUGUGAAACAGAAAUCAAGCAGACAAGGAGCAAGAGACAUACCAGAGCUUGGUCAUCACAACCUUCUUCAGCAGCUAAUUCGGGUGAUGGGUGUGUUGAAAAUGAAAGAGAAUGUAGCAGAGAAAACAGAGAUUCUCCUGGGCUUCUGUGUACCCCUGAGAAACUUGCUUGGGGCAGAGGUGGUACUAGGAGUCAGACUAGACAUGGCAGUGCCAUUGGAAGCAAGGGCACCAGGAGCACCCGCUUAUCCAAGCUAGUUAAUUAUCUCCAAGGCUUACAGGAGAAGGAUGACGAGUAUGUUGCACAUAAGACAUCAUUACCAGCCAACGAUGUUGAAAUGCUAUUGUUGGAGGAAACUCAAAAUAUCAACCCCUCAACUUCAUUGGAUGAUACUAACCCCCCAUCCCAAGUUGGUGGUCAUUGCAAAGAUGGGCAGCAAAGUUUGGAGGGACAGGAGCAAGUCGGGGAUCUUAAAGCCAUAGCCACUUCCAGCAAGGACCAUUUGAUUCUAGCGUAUCGACUGAAGGAGGCUAAUUGACAUAUCGUUAUCAGCCGACUGUUUGAUUCAGUUGGAAAGUGCGCCAGCACUCUAAGGAGGAGAAUAUGUAAAUCAACUAGCAGAGAGAUCCGAGGCUCCUUAUUGAGAUGCGUAAUUGUAAUCCCUGUUUUUCAAAUUAUGUUCAUCAAGGAAGAUUACACAUGGUUAAGUGUUAUUACAGUUACUUUUUUUAAAAUUUUUUAUCUGUAUAAUGGAGUAGUACUUGAUGGAUUUAUCUAUUUUU